AGCUGUCAUCAGUCUACGUUACAACAAUUUCAUUUAUGGCAAAUAACACAUAAAAGCCUAGCUUUUUGCCGUCAAAACGUUAAUGUAAUUAUACUAAUUGAGUUAAUUAGUCAUUUCCUUUUCUGUGACAUGUUCUUUAGUUUAUAAAACAUGCGUGUUGACCAUGCAAAAAUAUCGAUCCAAUUUUCUUGUAUUUAGGCCAAUAAUUUUGCAAAUAAAUAGUAGUUUGAGUGAUUUAUUUCCGUAUUAUCGCGGAGAUAAUGUUGUUUGUUUUGUAAACCUGACGGCAGAGCAGUGACGCCCACAUUUCUUUGUCUGUUCCCAGGAGAGAAAGUUCAGCAUAAUGGCAAGUGUGAGUGGCAGCUCCGCAGUGCUGGACCUCAAUGACGCUGAUGCGGAGGACACGGAGGCGCCGUCUGUCGCCGACGACGUCCAGGAGGGGGCUCCACUUAUCAUGGAGCAUGGAUAUGAUAUUGCUGUCAAGGUGGACGCGCCACUGAAGCAGCUGUCGACGCUGGAGACGUUCGUGACGUACCGCGUGCGCUGCGUGUGCGCACGCUGGGCCUCCCCGCCCGCCGUGCGGCGGCGGUACAACCACUUCAAGGCCCUCCACGCCCGCCUGACGCAGCGCUACCCCCUGCUGGCCAUACCCCCCCUCCCACCUCUCCACUCGGCUCGGCAGCAACUGGACCGGUACUCGCCCGGGUUCGUGCGCGUGAGAUGUGCGCAGCUGCACUGCUUCUGCGAUCGUGUGGCGAAGCAUCCCAUCCUGACAUACAGUGAAGAUUUUCAGUUGUUUCUCACCACGCCCGACGAAGAAUUAGACAAGCUCUUCAAAAGUGAAAACAGCGCUCUCAACCUCUGGGGGCUGAGCAGCGCGAUAUACGGUAACAGUUCGGACAUGAAGCAAACUACUAAUGGUGCAAGAGUAAAAGACCCGGAGUUCUCAGCGGCGUCCGACUACCUCCAAUCCCUGCAACAGAAACUGACCACGCUAUGCUCGCUCACCACCAAACUCUACAAGGGCACCGCGCAGCUCAGCACUCAGCUUAUGACCAUGAAGCGCGCGUGCGACCUGUGGUCGUGCUCCAGCAGCGGGCAGCUGGCGCGCGGCGUGGCGGGCGCGGGCGCGGGCGCGGGCGCGGCGGCGGCGGCCACGGCGCGCCUGCCCACCCCGCUGCGGGCGCGCGCCGUGCUGCCCGCGCUCGCGCUCUACGCCAACGCCCAGCAGGCGAAGAUCCGGCAGCGGGACGCCAUGCAUGCGGCGCACGUGUCGGGUUCGGGCGCCGCGGACGUGCACAACCGGCUGUCGCAGGCGUCGGAGGCGCUCCGCAGCGACCUGGCCGACUGGCGCGGCAAGACGCGCCGCGACCUCACCGACAUCCUGCGGGACAUGGCCGCACACCACACCGCCAUGCACACGCAGAUCUUAAUGGGUUGGGAGCACGCGUUGAGACUGUCGACGGAGGCUAACGUCGACGACCUAUUUAAAACAGUGUCAAAAACCGCGGUGCAGAACCUCUCGCCUUCGAAAUGCAGAGCUGAUACAACCCCCACGGAAACCGACAAGGACUUCGACGAUCUAGACAACUACUCAGAUUCUGAUCUGCAAGAGUUGAGGUUGGAAGACAGCGAAAGGAAACAAGAAAAUGUAAUUUUAGACACAAACUCUGUCACGAGAAAUGACAAUGUUAUCAACGAGAAUACGUCCUUGGACAAGACUGCGAGUUCUGAAGAGAAGGAGAUGGAAGACAUCAUAGAGUUGACCAGUGAUGGAGACAUUUUCGAAAGGUCAGACUCGAAGGAAAAUGGGUUCUCGACGUCGAAAGAAUCGAAAGUCGAAACGAUAUCGGACCCGUUGCAAGACUUCGCCGAAGUGGACUUGUCUUCAUGAUUUUACGAUUCAUUAUUCUGCAAUGUUUUGAGAGAGUUCUAAAUUUUUUUAUUUUGAGAUUAACCCAGUUUAAAAUGGCCACAUCGAAGCAAUUGCCUAAUUGACAGUUGUAGCAAUAAAAUAUGAAACAUGUCGGGUCUACAUAAAAAAUACAAUUGGAUAAUUAAUGGUGCUCCUGUAAACACCAUCUAAUUUUAUUUUAAGUUAUAUCUGUCUUUUUCUUAUCCGCCGAAAGGAAAAGGGACGGGAAAUCGACAAGCAUAAAAUUUAUGGAACACACGUCAAUUUUAAGCACAAAUCUAAAACAACCCUAUAAACAUUUUGCAUUGGCUAAUAAUCCGAUAGAAUUAUGUUGACAGCACACGUCAAACGGUUUACAUACCAGCGAGAUACCUUUUUGAUUCGCCCGGGUUAUCCAUUAAUUUACUCAUUCUUCCUAAAUUUAAGAGCUGUCAAUCAUCCGUCCCUUUCCUUUUCGGCGGGUAAGAAAAUGACGGGUAUUCCCGUUUUUUUACUUCCCGUAAUUUUACUGAAAGUAAAAUUAGGAGGUGUCUGCAGGAAUCGGGGCCAUUAUAUAAUUAUUAUUCAGAAUGCGAUUUUUUAUCUUUGUAUUACAAGACCCAAAACACGGGCGGCCUUGUUGAGCUGCAUGUGACGUCACAUUUCACAAAAUAUAUAUUUUUUUUGUUUUGGUUUUCCCCGAAGGGUAAGGCAAAGGGAACUAUGCCCAUACAGCCAUGUCUGACGUAUUUUUUUUCUUGAUGAUUAAUGAAAUGAUGAAAGGUGAUGAUGAUGAAACCUAAGCCCCCACCCUCGGAGUAGACUCCUACUCCGAACCCCAAACGAAUUAACUCAAAAGUCCGCAUAAACUUUUGAGUUAUGAAGCGGCUUCCCGGCACGAAGCGAAAAUAGGCAGAUACACUUUGUUCAUUGAAUACUCCAAUAUAAUAACACUCGCGAAUGUCUUCCGACUAACUUAAUGCGAUCAUUAACCACAAAACACCACUUCGUAUUAAUUAUUUAGAUUACUCAAUGAAGAAAGCAACUGUCCCGUUCCCGUUUACCGCCAAAAAGCCCCAGGGACGUCACUGGGCAAAAUGACACAUAACCAACCGUUUUCGCGCGAAAUUUGAAAUUAAUAAAGAAAAAUAUGUUUUUUCUAUUACCUAUAUAAAACUUUUUCGAAAAAAUCAAAUAUUUUAAAUAGGUUAAAAUAUAAAAAAUAUCUAAAAAACUCGUUUCUAUAAAAUAUUUUAAAAUAAGCGUUUGUAAUUUUUAAAAUACUUACGAAAACUGUCAAGUAAGCCAAUUCAUCUAAGAAAGUAAUAUUGCUAUUUGACUUUUGUGUGCAUUGCGCACUUACUUUUAUAUGCGCAAAUGUCAAAUUGCAUUAAUGCUUUUUUUAGAUCAAUUUAUUUAUUGCAUGUCACAUGGUAUUACAGUUCUUGUAAGUAAAUAUGUACAAACAUGUGACACCCUGCAAGGGCAAAGCAAAAUUGCUUCGAUGCGGCCUUUUAACCCCCUGAUUCGUGUAGACACCUAAUUUUAUUUUAAGGUACACCUCACAGACAAACUUGUGCUGAAAUUUUUAAACUUUUUUUUUGUAUUAGGAAUAAAAUUUGAAAUUCACGUCGCGGGAAAAUUUCGGUUUUUUUUUUAAAGAUGCAUUACAUUUUUAUCUCCCGGGGCCGAGCAUCUAGAACUUCUGUUUUGAUAGUCAAUUUGUUAUUACAGAUGUAAAGGAUCAAUUAAUAUUAUAUCUACUUAUAGUUCUUACCUAACCAAAGCAAUAUAUAUCAUAAUCUUCAAUAAUAACUAGCAUAUAGUAUAGAGAAGCAAAAGAUCUUUGAUCAUAAUAUAUAUUUAUUAACAUAACAUUAACAGCCUAUAUGCGUCCCACUGCUGGGCACAGGCCUCCCCUCAAUCAACCGGAAGGGAAUACUCUACCACGCUGCUCCACUACCGAUUGGUGGAGACAUUUGGUCUAGUAGCCCGGGACCAACGGCGUAACGUGCCUUCCGAAGCACGGAAUCAUCAUUCUUUAUUAUCUAGAAGAUUUGUCAGGUCCGGUUUUUUACAGAAGCGACUGCCUGUCUGACCUUCCAACCCGCGAAGGGAAAAGCAACCCAAUACAAGUUAGGUCACAUACCUCCGAAAAUGCAUUUCUCGGGAAUGUGGGUUUCCUCACGAUAUUUUCCUUCACACACGCACUAGGCAGUCGUUUCUAUAAAAAACUGUACCUGAUAAAUCUUCAGGUGAUGAUAAUCUUUCGAAUACAUUUUGAGUAUUGCGUAUUUUAAAUCUGUUAUAAUUACUUAUAAUGUAAAUAUUACAAACUUUUUUUGACGUGACUUAUUGUAGAUUUGCCGCAAAUGGCAUUAACUACUUGGCCGGACAAAUGGGGAGCGCUGAGGGUUCUCACCCGGUGCAAAAUUUAAGACGUCAGGUCUAAGGGUGCCCAGUUGUCGCCAACCUCGGCUCAGGCCGUCGUCUGAGAGGAAUAUUACAAGCAAUGUAAGUUAUCUGUAUAUAGAGUUUUAUAUUUAUUCAAUAAUAAAUUUAGAUUUUUUACCAA